AUGUACGGUAUCACCGAAAUAACAGUUCAUGCUACCUACAAAAUAAUUGAAACUUUAGAAAAUGCUUACUCAAUUGGUCGACCACUUGCAGAUCUUCGUGCAUAUUUGCUGGAUGCACGUGGUGAGCCAGUGCCAUUAGGAGCCGAGGGAGAGCUGUAUAUUGGUGGUGCUGGUGUGGCACGUGGCUAUCUAAACCGUCCUGAACUUACCGCAGAACGCUUUCUACCCGACCCAUUUAGUGACAGUCCAGCAGGACGCAUGUACCGUACCGGUGAUCGAGCACGAUAUCUGUCUGAUGGUAAUCUGGUCUUUUUAGGACGCACGGACCAGCAAGUGAAAAUUCGUGGUUUUCGAAUUGAGCUCGGCGAAAUCGAAGCACGUCUAGUCGAACAUCCUCAGGUGCACGAGGUGGUUGUACAAACCUAUGGCAAUGGGUCAGAUGCUCGUCUCGUAGCUUAUGUAGUGGCCGAUGCGGAUACAUUAUUAGCACAAGAUUUGCGCAAAUAUAUGUUAAAAUUACUGCCCAAUUACAUGGUUCCAGCGGCUUAUGUGUGUCUACCGUCCCUACCACUUACACCCAAUGGUAAACUGGACCGACGGGCACUCCCAGCUCCGGAUGAUGCGGCGUUUGCGCGUCAGCAGUAUGAAGCUCCACAAGGUGAAAUGGAGGAAAAACUGGCCGAUAUUUGGCGUGAGUUGCUUGGCAUUGAUCGAAUUAGUCGACAUGACAAUUUCUUUGCUCUGGGAGGUCAUUCGUUGUUGGUCGUACGGCUUCUGGCACAGUUGAGACAGAUCGGACUGAAUACCACCGUACGAGAAAUGUUCAAUUCUCCCAAUCUUGUCAAAAUGGCCUCAUCUCUCGACCGCUACCAAGCAGUGACUAUUCCUCCCAAUGUAAUUACCACGCACACCACAGAGAUUACUCCAGAAAUGUUACCGCUCAUCACUCUUUCACAAGCAGACAUUGAUACAAUCAUUGCAAAG